AUGAUCACUGGUUCGGACCUUUACCAUGUGCUCACAGCCGUGGUUCCACUCUAUGUAGCCAUGAUCUUAGCCUAUGGUUCAGUAAAAUGGUGGAAGAUCUUCACCCCGGAUCAAUGUUCAGGCAUUAACAGAUUCGUGGCUCUGUUUGCAGUUCCUUUGCUUUCUUUCCAUUUCAUCUCUACAAACAAUCCUUACACCAUGAACACACGGUUUAUAGCCGCUGACACCCUUCAAAAGCUCAUGGUGCUUGUGGUUCUAGCCAUUUGGUCAAGAGUUAGCGCCAGGGGCUCACUCGAAUGGUCCAUAACCCUGUUCUCUCUUUCUACACUUCCAAACACUCUUGUUAUGGGCAUACCCCUUUUGAAAGGAAUGUAUGGAGAUUUUUCUGGGAGUUUAAUGGUCCAGAUUGUUGUUCUUCAGUGCAUUAUUUGGUACACUUUAAUGCUAUUCUUGUUUGAAUACAGAGGUGCAAGGCUUUUGAUUGCUGAACAGUUUCCAGAUACUGCUGGUUCUAUAAUUUCGUUCAGGGUUGAUUCUGAUAUCUUGUCUUUGGAUGGGAAAGAGCCGUUGCAAACAGAGGCUGAAGUUGGAGAUGAUGGAAAGCUUCAUGUGACCGUCAGGAAAUCAACCAGUUCUCGGUCGGAUAUCUUCUCACGGCGGUCACACGGCGGAAUGAAUUCCGGCGUUUCAUUAACACCACGUCCUUCUAACUUAACAAAUGCAGAGAUCUACUCUUUGCAAUCAUCAAGAAACCCAACUCCAAGAGGGUCUAGCUUCAACCACACUGAUUUCUACUCGAUGGUAAACGGGAAGAAUGCGAAUGCCAGCAGUGUUUCGCCACGAGGGUCGAAUUUUGGGAAUAUGGGGUAUGAUGAAGAAACUGGAAACAAUCCAAGGGCAAAUGGGCAGGGAAGUGGAGUGUAUCCUGCACCAACUAAUGCCGGAAUAUUCUCUCCGGUGUCGGGACCCGGAGCAAAGAAGAAAGGCGGUGGUGCAGACGGUGGUGGUGGUGGUGGGAAAGAUCUUCAUAUGUUUGUAUGGAGUUCUAGCGCUUCACCUGUUUCAGAAGGAGGGAUUCAUGUCUUUAGAGGUGGAGAGUAUGCUAAUGAACUUGGAGGGGUACCUCACACUAAAGGUUACAUCUUUUUUCAUCUUUUUAAUGACUUUUUGUAUCAUUAUGAUGAUUUCGGACAAAAUGAGUUCAGUUUUGGGAACCAACAGGGCCCGAAUGGUGUGGACCGUGAAGCAUCGGUUCUGUCGAAACUCGGGUCAAGCUCGACUGCCGAGCUCCAUCCGAAGGCUAGCCCGCAUGGUGAAAUCAAGCCGACAGCCAUGCCGCCGGCUAGUGUCAUGACUCGACUAAUCUUGAUCAUGGUGUGGCGCAAACUUAUCAGAAAUCCCAACACUUAUUCCAGCCUCAUUGGCCUCACAUGGUCCUUGGUCUCUUUCAAAUGGAAUGUGGAAAUGCCCGCAAUAGUUGCGAAAUCUAUAGCGAUCCUCUCUGAUGCUGGUCUCGGCAUGGCCAUGUUUAGUCUCGGUUUGUUCAUGGCAUUGCAACCGAAAAUUAUCGCUUGCGGAAACUCGGUUGCCACCUUUGCCAUGGCGGUUCGCUUCUUGACUGGACCGGCGGUCAUGGCGGCUGCAUCAAUCGCGGUUGGACUACAAGGAACACUGUUACACGUUGCCAUCGUCCAGGCAGCUCUCCCUCAAGGAAUUGUCCCUUUUGUGUUUGCCAAAGAAUACAAUGUGCAUCCUGAUAUACUUAGCACAGGGGUUAUAUUUGGAAUGUUGAUAGCACUGCCAAUCACAUUGGUAUACUACAUUGUGUUGGGGCUUUGACUGAAUUUGUCAUGUGUUGAAGAAGGUGGUGGGGGCUUUUUGGGGAUUCUCUAACAUUUUAAAUUACCAUUUUGUUAACUUAUUAUUAGUGAA